UGACCGGUCAGCGUUGCUGCCAAUCUCCGGCGGAGACAGGCGCUCUGGAGUUAGAGCUGCCGGGCGGCCACGAGGUGCGCGGAUCCCGCGUCCAAACGAGUCUGCAAGUCGAGAUGUCGCAUCCGUCCCCCCAAGUCAAGCCCUCCAACCCCAGUAACCCUCGAGUCUUCUUUGACGUGGACAUCGGAGGGGAGCGAGUUGGUCGAAUUGUCCUAGAAUUGUUUGCAGAUAUUGUACCCAAAACUGCGGAAAAUUUUCGUGCACUGUGUACAGGAGAAAAAGGCAUUGGACCCACGACUGGGAAACCUCUCCAUUUCAAAGGAUGCCUUUUUCAUCGAAUUAUUAAGAAAUUUAUGAUUCAGGGUGGAGACUUCUCAAAUCAGAAUGGGACAGGUGGAGAAAGUAUUUAUGGUGAAAAAUUUGAAGAUGAAAAUUUCCAUUAUAAGCAUGAUCGGGAGGGUUUACUGAGCAUGGCAAACGCAGGCCGCAACACAAAUGGUUCUCAGUUUUUUAUCACAACAGUUCCAACUCCUCAUUUGGAUGGGAAGCAUGUGGUGUUUGGCCAAGUAAUUAAAGGAAUAGGAGUGACAAGGAUAUUGGAAAAUGUGGAAGUGAAAGGUGAAAAACCUGCUAAAUUGUGCAUUAUUGCAGAAUGUGGAGAAUUGAAGGAAGGAGAUGAUUGGGGAAUAUUCCCAAAAGAUGGCUCUGGUGACAGUCAUCCAGAUUUCCCUGAGGAUGCGGAUAUAGAUUUAAAAGACGUAGAUAAAAUUUUAUUAAUAACAGAAGACUUAAAAAAUAUUGGAAAUACUUUUUUCAAAUCCCAGAACUGGGAGAUGGCCAUUAAAAAAUACGCAAAAGUUUUAAGAUACGUGGACAGUUCAAAGGCUGUUAUUGAGACAGCAGAUAGAGCCAAGCUGCAACCUAUAGCUUUAAGCUGUGUACUGAAUAUGGGUGCUUGUAAACUGAAGAUGUCAAAUUGGCAGGGAGCAAUUGACAGUUGUUUGGAGGCUCUUGAAAUAGACCCAUCAAAUACCAAAGCAUUGUACCGCAGAGCUCAAGGAUGGCAAGGAUUAAAAGAAUAUGAUCAAGCAUUGGCUGAUCUUAAGAAAGCACAGGAGAUAGCACCAGAAGAUAAAGCUAUCCAGGCAGAACUGCUGAAAGUCAAACAAAAGAUAAAGGCACAGAAAGAUAAAGAGAAGGCAGUAUAUGCAAAAAUGUUUGCUUAGAAAGGAUUCAGUUUUGCUUAUUGUGUGUUGAUUGUGUAAAUGCAAUAAGAUAAAGGUUUUUGUCUAUUAAUAUGAUCCCUAAUGUGUUUGACACCUUAAUUCCUUAUUGUUUACAGUUUAGGAGUACUGAUAGGGGUUCAUGCUUAAUAAAUGUGUCACAAUACAGUCAGUAAAGUGGUAUUGUUUGUUUCUUUGAGAUGGAGUCUUGCUCUGUCACCCAGGCUGGAGUGCAGUGGUGCGAUCUCGGCUCACUGCAUCCUCUGCCUCCCGGGUUCAGGUGAUUCUCCUGCCUCAGCUUCCCAAGUAGCUGGGAUUACAAGCAUAUGCCACCACGCCCGGCUAAUUUUUGUAUUUAUAGUAGAGAUGGGGUUUCACCGUAUUGGUCACGUCAUGCUGGUCUUGAACUCCUGACCUCGUGAUCUGCCCCUGCCUUGGCCUCCCAAAGUGCUGGGAUUACAGGUGUGAGCCACCGUGCCCGACCAAGUAAAAUGUUUUUUAAAAUGGUUAUCUGCAUUAUUCAUAAAGAAUAAUGGUGUCCAGUCUUUUUAAACUUGUAAAGACACAUCUUAUUGAAUAAAGAGAUGACAGUUUAGUUUGUA